AUGAAUUCAUCAUCAAUACCAGUUUACGAAAAACCUCAGCCUCAUUUAAGUGUCCUCGAUUGGACUAGAAAUAUUCAAAGACUGCAAAAUGAAGCACGAUUACGACGUUUUGAGUCUUAUGAACUCAGACAAAGAGCGAACCAACUCCGUAAUGAGACAUCCGUUACAACACAAUGGGACAAUUACGUUAAUAACGAGUUGAUGAGAGACAGAAUAUUUGAGGUAGAAUCGUGGAAGGAAAAACAACGAUUCACAAGAGAACAAGUGAGGGAUGAAAUAAGAGCGCUAAAAGAAGAGAAACAUGCAACUGAAAUACACUUAGAGUCCUUGCAGUUACCUUUCAUGGUGGCAUCACAGUGUCUUUCGAAUAGGGAUCAAAGAGUACCACCGGAAUUGACUAGAGAUCAGUUAGGAGAGGAAUUGAGAAAGGAAGUACAUAUAAUUGAAAACAGUAAAAGGGUUCUAACGGAUGUUUGCCACAUGGGCUGGGAGAAGAUCAAGGACCUGACCAAUGUUUUCUCUAGGUUGGAGAGGGAAAUACAGAAUAAAGAGGAUGCAUUAGUUUUGGAGCGACAUGUCAAGGAUUUAAAUAGGAACAGUUCUGAUAUAUCUUAUAAAUUAAAUCCAACAAGAAUACCACCAGAUUCGAUGACAGAAGAAAGCUAUGUACAUUGCAUAGAAAACACAAUACAGAUAGCUGAGCAGUUAAUGAGGGAGUCAAAAAACUUACGGGAGACGAUGUUUAAAAGUAGAGAACAAGCUAGAAAUCAAAUGUACGCACAAAGUCAACAAGUUGAAAUAAUAAUGAGAAGACGCAUUUAUGAUAUACAAAGAGCAAGGAAUGAAAUGGAGUGGCAGAAGUACAAGCUUGAAGCUAAUUUGCAUAAAGUAGAUCGUGAAAUAGAAACACUUCGUGCUGCAGUUGCAGACAAAAUAAAUCCAACUAAGCUUGUUGAAACUCGGCUAGAAAUCAGGACAAGACGACCGGUUUUGGAAAGAGUACAGGAUAAACCAAUGCGAGGCUUGACAGAAGAAUACGAAAGAGUUCAUAUGAGUACUAAUAUGUUAGAAAAGAAAUUAGAAGAUGCUUUGACAACCUACCACGGUCUUAACAAUCACUACCAACGCGUGACCAAAGACCUCGAAUACAAGAACCAGGCGCUUGAAACUGAUCGUCGUCUCAUUGAGAUCAGGAAACCUCUACAUUUGGAGGGUGAAGCUGAUUUCGCGAGAAACGUUGGUUAUUGUCACAUGCCCGAUGAACUUGUAACGGAUUGAAGGAAGAGUUUUUAUUAUAAAUAUUUAGAU